ACGAAGCACGCGGCAGAUGCCAUUGACUUCGAAGACGAGGACGAACUCGCGGACGACGAGGAACCAGAGGCCAGAGCCGCUGACGACGGGGAGAAGGAAUCCGAGGAUGACGAGGAUGAUUUCUUUGCGGAUUUAGCGGCCGAAGCGGCGGUGGAUGAAGAGCCAAAGGAGGGUGCCGUUCCAGACCAAGGCGACCUUUUUGGCGGCGCCAUCGCCGAUGAAGCCGGUUUGGGCAGCUUGGAGUUAGAUACCUUUACAGAGAAGAAAGGACCGAAGGAUCUGGAAGCAACGGAUAAGAAGGCUAUGGAGAUGGAACUCCGCGCGCGUAAACAGGCAAUCCAAGAACUGUUGGAGCGCAAGGCGCGCCACAAAACACUGGUGUUGCUCAAGUUCUUUUAUCCCACAUUCAAAAAGAACACGAUUUUGCGAAUGUCGGACUACUUUGGACCAAAACCCGUGAAGUACGCGUUCCAGCAGCCUAAACGGCCCGCGCGGCCGCUCAUCCCGACCAAGCUCACGCUCGAGUUGGACGUGGACCACCGCCGGCUCUUCAAGGGAUCUGCGCCGCACAUUGCAAAGCAGCUUCACCAAGCGGCGAUGUCCGCGCUCUCGGCGCCUGCGCCACGUGUAGUUACGGUAGCACACGAGACCGCGCGCACAGACCCCACACCUGCGCGCAAGAAGCGUACGGAGGCGUUCCCCAACGACUUGACGUUGAGUGUGACCGACUGGGACGAUGACAAGAUUAUCAAUGCGGAUGAAUCGAUUGUCUCCGGCGAGCAAUCUAAUGAACCACCGAGCAAGAAGAUCAAGCUUCAUAGCGUAAACGAUUGGGAGGAUGAAGAAGAUAUGAUCUUUGACGGGAAUUUGAGUCUCACCAACCUACAAUUGCGCUUGGACCUCAACGACCCACACUUGUUGUUCCAUAGUCUCGGGGCCGCAAAGACUAAAGAUCCGAACCUGUUCCAGAGAGACAAGGCUGACACCUUUGCCAAGGCCGCAAUCCCCUCCACAGACAAACAUCUCGCACACAAAUUCGAUGUCUCCAAUGACCGCGCGUAUGAGCUGCUCAAGGAAAACUACCAGAAAAAGAUCCGCGCGACACUCGGAAACCUCUCGCUCGACCACGCGGUGCCGGCGUUGCGCCUCCAAUCGCCGUACUACCAGGUCCGCUUGGACAAAAAGAAGAUGCGCCACUUCCACAGACCCAAAUUUGCGGUGCGCCCAGGAACGGUUAUGCUCUUCCACCGGCUUCGGCUACGCAAGCGCAAGAAGGACAAGGGGCGGGAAACGAAGGAGCUCUUUGCACGCACGGGCGACUUGACGCUUGGGGACAAUGCGAACGUGUUUUUGAUGGAGUAUUCCGAGGAGUUUCCGCUCCUGUUGUCAAAGUUCGGUAUGGGCUCCAAGGUGAUCAACUACUACCGCAAGACCGGUGCCGAUGACACCUCCAGACCGAAACUCCCCGUCGGGGAGACCCAUGUAUUGGGCAACGCCGACCGCUCGCCGUUCUGGAACUUUGGGUUUGUCGAGCCCGGAAACGUCGUUCCGACCUUGUAUAACCGGAUGACCCGCGCGCCGGUGUUCAAACAAGACGUGCUGCCGUCGGAUUUCAUGCUCAUCCGCUCACUGGGCUGCGGCUCCUCCCAGCGCUACUACCUCCGCAAUAUUCCCCACUUGUUUGCGGUCGGACAGACGUUACCCCUGGUGGAGAUUCCCAGUCCGCAUUCGCGUAGGGUGACCACGUCUGCGAAACACCGCUUGAAGAUGGUGGUGUUCCGCGUGCUCAACCAGUCGGAGGGCAACCGUCUCUUGGUGAAGGACAUUCUGACGCACUUUCCCGACCAGAACGAUAUGCAGAACCGGCAACGGUUGAAGGAGUUCAUGGAGUACCAGAGGGCAGGGGUGGACCAGGGCUACUGGAAGAUCAAGGGCACCGAUAAUAACAACGUUCCGUCGGAGGAUGAGAUCCGGACGUUGAUGACGCCUGAGGAUGUGGUGUUACUUGAAUACAUGCAGGUGGGUCAGCAGCGGUUGGAGGACUCGGGGUACUACUCCAAGGUGGAUCUUCUGUCGGAAGAGCCGAAGGAGAAGGAAAAGGAGGAGGAGUCGCUUGAGGAGCAGUUGGCCACAUGGAACACCACUAGAAACUUCAUCAACGCGACGCAGGGUAAGGCGAUGCUCCAGCUCCACGGCGACGGGGAUCCGUCCAGAAUUGGGGUUGCUUUCUCCUUCCUCAAGACGUCGAUGAAGGGUGGCUUUAAAUCAUUGGAAGACAUCACCGAGGAUCCGGGAACGCCCAAGAAGGAGAAGAAGGAAAAGAAGGAGCGGAAGGAGAGGAAGGAGAAGAAGGAAAAAGAUGAUAAAAACAGACUUCCCGGACACAGCUAUAAUGUGGCGUCGCAGCAGAAGGCGUAUGAUGAAGAGAUCGCGCGCACGUGGUACUCCCAGCAGCAUAGUUUGUCGAUUAAUAACGAGAAAGAACUCGACGAGCAGUACGCACAGUUCCCCGAGGUGAGCGAUGAGGAAGAGGAGGCGCCACGGGAGGAAGAGGAGCUGACUGACCAGAAAAUCUUGCGUAUUAGUCGGCGGGUGAAGGACGAAAACGGCGUCAUUCAACGUGUAACAGAGACCGUUCGCGAUCCAAGAAUCAUCAAGGCGUAUGUUAAGCGCAGAAAGAUGUUGGAUGAGAAAAAAUUGGCGGACACGGCCGUGGAGGAUAUCAAGCCGACAAAUGAUGCGGAGAUCAACGAAAAGCAGAAGAAGCGGUUGCUCGAGGAGAUUGCCAAGUUGGAAAAGGCCAAGGCCAAGGCUGCGAAGCGGUCGAAGAAGCCGGAGAACCCGAACAAGGGGAUCGGGAAGGGGAGAAAUACGCAACGAAAGUGCGCAACGUGCGGGGCCACAGGGCACAUCAAGACGAACAAGUCGUGUCCGUUGUAU